UCCACGCAAAUGUGCAGUGGACAAUCAUUGUUAUUACAUGUCAACUUAGAACACUGAGCAGCAUCAUAAAAUUCCAGGUACAGCCGGACACAUUUUUAAUCCUCGUGUCGUCUGGAGUGGGAAGAGCGAGAGGAAAAUGGGCACCGCGCUCAUUUAUGAUGAAGAAAUGACCAGCUACAAACUGCUCUGGGAUGACCCAGAAUGUGAGGUGGAGGUGCCCGAGCGUCUGACAGUGAGCUACGAGGCUUUGGUCCGGAGUGGUCUCGCCGAUCACUGUGUCUCCAUCCCAGUCCGAGAGGCCACCGAGGAGGAGAUUCUGCUGAUUCACAGUGAAGAAUACCUGGAGAAAGUGAAAAAGACUCCACACAUGUCUGUGCAAGAGUUGAAGGACUUCGCUCUCCAGUUUAACGCGGUCUACUUUCACCCUAACUCUUACCACUGUGCAAAACUGGCUGUGGGGGCUGCACUGCAGCUAGUGGACCACGUCCUGAUGGGGAAAGUGAGGAAUGGCAUGGCUCUUGUCAGGCCGCCAGGACACCACAGCAUGCGGGAUGCAGCCUGUGGUUUCUGCACCUUCAACAAUGUAGCUAUAGCAGCUCAGUAUGCCAAACAAAAGUAUGGACUCAAAAGAGUGUUGAUCGUGGACUGGGACAUACAUCAUGGCCAAGGUGUGCAGUACUGUUUUGAAGACGAUCCAAGUGUACUCUACUUUUCUUGGCACCGUUACGAACAUUCGAUCUUUUGGCCUCAUCUUCCUGAAUCCGACUACGACGCUGUUGGCAAAGAUAAAGGUGUUGGCUUCAACAUUAAUGUGCCCUGGAACAAGGUUGGGAUGACAAACAGCGACUUUCUGUCUGUCUUCUGUCAUGUUCUCCUGCCAGUUGCAUACGAGUUUUGCCCAGAAUUGGUUUUGGUGUCUGCUGGCUAUGACUCGGGAAUCGGCGACCCGGAGGGUGAAAUGUGUGCUACUCCAGACAUCUUUGCACACCUCACUCACCUCUUAAUGAAUCUUGCAGGAGGGAAAGUGUGUGCCGUGCUGGAGGGUGGAUACAACCUGACUUCACUGUCCCAGUCAGUCUGCCAGACAGUCCAGACUCUGCUCGGAGAUCCAAACCCUCGGCCUGAAAACCUCCGCAGCCCCUGUCAGAGUGCCCUGGAGUCUAUCCACUGUGUGCGUUGGGCUCACAGACGGUACUGGUCGUGCCUCGGCCAUGCAGCUGAUCUGUCCUCCUUCCAAAUCAGCACCAAGCCCUCCGGAUCACCAAAAGAAGCGGGGGAAAGCACAUGGAAAGACAAAGUGGCGGUGGUUUGGCCCGAGCCUGUGAAACGCGUCGCCCCUCCUGUUCGCACCGCCGCGCUGCUCUCAGAUGAGGCGGUUUGUCCGGAGGGAUGUAAACGCCUCGCCACCUCGGACAAACUCGACCCACGUGUCGCCGGUAAACUCAGGGAGAACUUCCUCGAAGGCGAGGGUGACAGCGAAGCUCUCUCUGCCCUCUCUGGUCUCAUUACCCUCACAGAGAAAAUGGAGAAGGAUGAGAUCCUCAAUGGCUUGGCCGUGGUCCGGGAUAUCACCAUGGCGACGGCGUGUGUUGUGCAGCAUGUCACAAUGGCUCCAAACAAUCGUGUUUUAGUCGUGUGUGUCGGCGACGGGGAAGCCCCAAGUAACAUCACAGAAGACAGAAAAGCUCUUGUGGUGCGGAUAGGCAGCAGAGAGACGAAGCAGUCAAAAUGCAAAAAUGACAUUCCAGUGUGUUUAAAGAAGGGCUGCGCUGAUGUGUCAGGGGUCAUUCAGGCCGUGUUUGGUCUUCUUCUGCCUCUGGGGUAUGAGUUUGACCCCAGUCUGGUUCUGCUGGUUCGGAUGCCGGGGAGUGAAGUGAGUGACGGUGUGUGGCAGCAGCUGACCGGUCUGCUGCAGUGCCUUGCUCAAGGGCACGUGCUGGUUCUAAUACAGGAAUGUGAGAAAUCCUGCGUGAGUCCAACAGCCUGUUCUCUGCUGGGGGAGCCGGCCCCCCCUCUGGGCCAGCUUCAGGCGCCACUCCCACAGGAUGUGGAGGACAUGGAGAGGCUGAGACGGAAGCUGCUGGCUGACUGGACGCUCCUGCAGACCACCGCCGCAGACACGGGAAAGAGGCAGGAACUCUGAAGAUGACUGGAUCAUCUUCUGAUGGAUGAUGCUUUAUUUUUUAAUCAGUUGCUCCAAUAAAUUCUUAAAGCAUCUUGUGAUAAUGCAAUAGGAAACUGAAGAUGGUCCUAUUUCUAUGUUCUGUUUUAUCGAACAACUCAGAUAUUGAAAACUGUUGUACAUCAUGAUGUUUGUAUUUGAGAACGUGAAACAAUAGUGCCGCAGAUAGGAUUACAUGACUCAUUUCUCUUGUACUGACAUAUCUUCCUCUAGGACAGACUUCAGCCUUGCCUGGUGGGCCACAUGCUGCACCUUUCUCUCUCCGGCCCACAAGGAGUCCGUGAAAAAAUUACCACACAAAUGCAUACUAGUGUACAUGAUGUAGCUAAUGCAAAAGGUUUAACUAUUUUGGAGGUGGCACCUUUAGCUUCCAGUGUAAAUAGUUUGUGGGAGUAAUCAAUGACAUAUCAAACACAUUGGGGCAACACUGAUCCCUCGAAUCUAAAAGUAGAAACUCCUUCUGUGUAUAUUCAAUAACAUUUUUGCCUUUCUUUUCAUGAAAUAAAUUCCUGCCUUUUUUCUGCAGUUGGUUACA